AUGCAUCUACCACUUUCGAUUUUCUUCUUCCUGCCUUUGGCAAUUUCCGCUGCCCCGGACAGGGAAUUCUGCAUCACCAAUUCAGUUGUCAUCGGCAAGCUGAGGCUAGAUGUUGGUGCAGCUCUGUUUGCGCACCCUAUCUCUUACUCCCAGAGGAGACCAGGUGCGCCCCGUAAUAACAUCUCGCAACUUGAUUUCGGCUCAUCAUUUUAUUUUAGGACCGCUAUUGUGACCGAAAAGUUCACAAACGUCGACCACGUCACAAAGACGGAGGUUAAGGUAGUGACGAGCACCAUUACAUUGACCGCUUCGACCUCUACACUUACCUGCCUCGGUAGCGCUUACACUGCUAAGCCGCCGACUGCUGCCGUGGACAAACGCAAUGACAUCCUGAGGCCCUCGGACAUCCCAGAGAGCUGGGGCGCGGCUCAAAUCUCUCAGGCAUGUGGUUGCUUGUCGUUUAGUUCUCGUCCCAGUGUGAAAAUCACGAAGACAGCCGUCGUUACCGUACGAAACACUCGAACAGCGAUAGUAUCCACCGUAUCCACCAAGGCAGUCACAGCCUACGUCGUGGCUACGGAAAUCGCCUCCAAUGGAAUCAGCUAUCGCAAGUACACUAGCUCUUUCAACGCAUAUCUGGCAAAUAGCGGGUUCACCACAACCUUCUUCAAGAAAAAAAACCCAGAAUUUCGUGGAGUAUUGCAGUCUCUAAUCUUUUCCACCCCUUCGUGGCCUACCGGCUCAACCCUCCUCACCCUAGCCGAUAGAAGGAAAAGUUUUGAAUCGAGCCAAUCUGCGCUUCUUUUUAAUGGCUUUUUCAUCGCCAAAGAAACGGGGACGUACACACUCACAAGCUUGGCCGACGCCAUCGACAACUGGGGCUACCUCUGGGUAGGCGACGUCGCGUAUAGCGAUUGGAAUGACGAUAACACGGCUUUCAAAGCAAGCAGGACGGGAGCAGGCAAUUUUGGUGGCUCCUACUCUGUGACUCUGAGCAAGGGAGACGCCAUUCCUCUGACGUGGCUGUGGGCAUAUGGUGGCUCUGUUGCACAGAGCUAUUUGUCCAUCACGACGCCUGGUGGGGUGACCACCACAGAUACUACUGGCUAUCUUGUUCAGGCUUGUGGUGCAGACGUUUUCACUUAG